AGUGGAUGCCGUGGACUAGCAAGCCGUUCGAAACCAACACGAUUAGCACUGACUGACAUUGUGUAUAGUGAAGUUGAAAUAUUUAGACUAAUCUUACAUUUGUACCAUAAAUAUAAUUAUUUGAGCGUUUAUGUCACGGCUUACGUGUCAGUUCCGCCGCUAGCUAGCUUCCGCAUGUUUGUUAGCUUAGCCUCAGGCAGUAUCGUAAACGCAACCAGUUAAAUUCAACUUGAAACCAACGAUAACGAGCUCAAACAAUAAUGGACGAUUUGACAACUCCGUACGAAGAUGACUCGGCUACGGAGUUCAUUGAGUGUUCGGUUUGUGAAAUAUCCUUAAGGGGCCAUAAUUUGUAUAAGAUACACCUGACGAUGCCGGGACACUUAAAGAAAGAGGAUGCCGCCGUCGCGACGGGUCUCAUGGUCCGAGAACAAACCGUGCCCAAGUACAAGGAUAUCUUGCAAUACGUGGAAUACCUGAAGCUUGACGAGCCGAUCAUCGGUUUAAACCUCUUGGAGGAGGUGCCAAGCGUGAAUGCUGACCAUCCCAGUAUGGGACCGAGAUACACAUGCACGCUUUGUAAUAUCACCGCGUACUCACCAGAAAUGGUCCAUCACGUGAUUGGGCGGAAACACAGGCAGAAAUAUAUCGAGACAAAGCGUCCAGAUCUGGUGACGUGGGAUAAGCAUUCGGUUAUGAACCAAGUGGGAAAGAUCAUUCGCACCAGAGCGGAGAUCAUCGCCAGGCAGGACGGAAGCGGACGUCCCAUGCCAAUGAAAAAAAUGAAUGUGGGAAACUUAAUGUCAAGAGUUCCCCCAUGGCAGAGGCAGAACAGACACACACAGAACGACUCAAGCCUGUACCAACGGAACCAGGACUUCCAAGACUCGCACCGCAGUAGUUUAAUGCCCCAUCCUCUGAGGAAAGCCCCUUUUCUCAAGGCAGAGGCCCACCCGAUGUAUGCGGCAGGGGGUAGACCGACAACAAACCCGUGGGACCAGCAGCUGGAGAGGGCGGACGACUGGGAGAGGGGUCCUUCCCGGGGAAAGAGUUCGGACCUGGAUUAUCGUCUGGAUGAUACUGUCGAUCCCAGCAAGAAGACGCAACGGGGCUGGGAUCAAUCCCCAGAGGGUUACCCAACCUACAGAGAGCAGGAAACAAAAAAUGAGUUUUUCUCAGAGGAUGUAAGGCCCGAAUUUCAACCCCAGCGUCGGGACUAUCAGCCCCAUCGUCCAGACUAUCAGCCCCAUCGUCCAGACUAUCAGCCCCAGCAUCGGGACUCUCAGCCCCAUCCUCCGGUCUCUCAGCCGCAUCGUCGGGACUCUCAGCCCCAUCGUCGGGACCCUCAGCCCCAGCGUCCGGACUAUCAGCCCCAGCGUCCGGACUCUCAAAGAGAUGAUCAACUGUGGUCUUCUGACAAAGAUAGAGUUGUAAGGCUUGGGUCAAGUGUUCCAGAACCCCCUAUGAGGGAUGUGCGCUCGUCUUUGGAGCAACCUGCUCAUCUUUUUAGAGAUUACAGACACGGACUGCAACAAGCAGAGCCGCUUUCGGCCGGCCCCAACAGCUUCCAGACCCCUCGGGUAGAUUCCCCGUGCCUGUCUACCAUCCCGGAGCCUUUCCGGCGCUUCAUGGACGGGGCCGCAGGUGACGAGGCGCCCAGUCGACGCAAAAGAAAGAGCCGCUUCUCGGACGCCACGGCCGAGGAGGUGGAAGUAGCCAACAAGAAGUUCAAUGCCGGACCGCCAGAUGCCAAGUUCAUAGCUCCGAAUUCAGCCGGUGAAACGUUCCUCCAGGGUAUCCGCGUAACAAUGCGGCAUCCCGACCGCUUCGCACAAUCACAGCUCAGCAGUCCCACGCCCCAGCAGAUGUCUGCUCAACACUCAUACGGCAGAACAUUCCAGGACGAUUCCAACUUUAGAAGAGCCGAAGAUGUCUACGGUGAGGAAGGCAACAGAGGAGGAAGAGACCGUACCAAGACACAUGACAGCCAGCGGGUGUACCAGCAACAGGGGCGCAGAGAGCACGGCGACUCAAUCAGAAAGCGUUACGAAGAGGGUUUUGGUCAGCAACAGAUGUACCCGACACGUCGCCCGGAUGAGCGAGCGCAGCGUCCCGAACGCUUCCAAGGAGGCGGCCGGCAGCAACAGCAUUUUCAGCAGCGCGACGUGCAACAGGUCUCUCAGGGGGGUUUCCAUUCCCGCUCGCCGCCCUUGGACACGGAAAGAUCCGUCGGGAUGCACCAGAGACCUCAGUACUCCAAAAGUCUGGAAAAACUCACAUCCACUCUCCUGGAGUUCAUGUCCAGGAAUUAGUUCUACAUUAAUUACUGUACCGUAGCAACAGUGGAAGAUUUGAAAUAAAAUUUAUUCUUUGUUGAUUAUC